AGUUGGGGGAAGGUUCAAAUCAACAACUACUUUUUUCUUUUACUUUACCUUCAAUUGAAUUCAGAUCCUUCAAAGUUAUCCGAAGGGACCUGAGAACGGAUUGAUCAUGACACUCGGAGAUCCAGUAUCGCAGCCUCACGUCUUGGUGGUUGGAGGACCUGCCGGCACCGGUAAAUCCACCAUAGCAGAAUUGCUUUCCAAACAUUUCCAAUGUCCAUUUACCGAAGGGGACUUAUUACAUAGUGCCGAAAACGUUGCUAAGAUGUCUCGGGGUGAACCACUUACUGAUGACGAUAGAUGGGGGUGGUUAAAGAACUUGAGUGAAGUAAGCACUGCCAAAGCAUUUGACCAGUCCAAUACGAGCAACGUCAGCAUUGUUUCUUGCUCGAUGCUUAAGAAGGUGUAUCGUGACUAUAUCAAGCAGGUUGCUAAUGAAUCUCAGCAUAAUGGCAAGAUUGUUUUCCGUUUUAUCUUCCUAUACACUAGCUUUGAAGAACUAUUGCAGAGAGUGGGCCAAAGACAAAACCAUUACAUGAAGUCCGAUAUGGUCAAAUCUCAGUACGAUAUUAUGGAAAUCCCUCUGGGUGACGAACUCUUAUCGGCCGGUGGUGAAGCACUUUCUGUCGAUACCAGCGCUAAGUCCCCCGAUAGCAUUUAUAAAGAAAUCAUAGACAAUCUCACUAUGUAAUUUAUAGAAGAUAUUACCCUUCAAUACCCGUU